AUGACAGAUAACUCAAUCUUGGAUCAGUGGAAAGCAAGUUUCUUUAUGGAGGAUUUCCUUGAGAAAAGAAUGGUUACAGGAAUGGUGACUCAGAUUAAUGGUGAAUUUGAGGAGGUCGUUCCAAGUUCAAAUCCAAACUCUCCUACUGAAGUACAAGAGGACAGCUUAUAUAUCCACAAGGACUACAGUGAAGUCUUUACACCUAUCACAUGUUUAGAAAAAUAUACAACACUUCAGGCACAGGACCAAGAUUCAUGUAUUGAUGAUCAAGAAGUAAUGUUUGUAAAUGAUUUGAUGACCUAUAAAAGUCACCUACCAACUUUGAAUCCUCUUUUGAGUAGACAAAAACCACAUUUAGUAAAGGACCCCCUUUUAGAUAUCAAAGGACAGAUCUGCAAUGAAGCUAAUUUUUUUAGGGAAUGUUUCUCUUUUCAAGAAGAUUUGGAAAGUUUUGUGAAAGAAGAUUCUUACAUGGAUAACGAAAAAUUUUGUCUGGAGAAACUAGUAGGUUUAAAUGAACCGUCAACUUUUCCUUCUGAGUUUGAAUUCUUAAUGUCUACAAGCCUCAAACAAGAAAUUGAUAUUCCAUCACUCUCAGAACCGAAGCCAUCAUUAAACUUAAUGCCAGAAAUCAUAUAUUAUGUAAAUGAAAAUGAAAAACUUUUCAAAAGAGAUCCUCCUACCAAGCAUGGAAUUGAUGUUGAGGAUAUAAAAUGCAGCUCCACAGAGAUUUUGACCAUUCACAAUCAGAGUGAACCACUGUCCAGUGAACCAGGAGAUUUAGAACUACCACUAAUUCAACUGAACUUAAUAAGCCAUCAUUCUUCAGUGAAUUCAUUAUGUGCAGGAUUUCAGACAUUUUCAUUUCCUCCUCUUUGUAAAAUUAGUUUGUAUACUGCAGAAGAAUCGGCUAAAAAGUAUUGCAUGCUCUGGCAAUUUGAAAGCUGCAGAGGCUCUUUUAGCUCAUUUUUGCUGACAGUGGCAAGAGUUCAAGAGCCCAACAGUCAAUGUUCAGUUACAGAGUUGACAAAGAUCUUUUCUAUCAACGAAGAAAGACUUGCAAUUAAUCCUAUAAAGGCAAAGUGGUGGGAACAAGUAGGACUAAAUCUAAUAAUGACAGAAACUUUGGAACAUCUGAAUACAUAUUUGUGUCAUGAUAAUCCAUCUUCUAAUGACACUAAAAUGGAGAUAUGUUUGCCUACAAAAAUGCUUCAACUGCAAUCAAGACUAGAGCAUAAAAGUUGUUCUUUACCUAUUGUACUUUCUAAUGACAAAUCUACAAAUGAUCACACAUCACUUCCACAAAAGAAUCCAUCUCUAGCAAAAGAAGUACCAGAUCUGUGUUUGUCUGAUGAAUGUGUCUCUGUUAAAAGACCAAAAAAAGAGAAACUAAAGAAUGAUGAAGAACUAGUUGAUAGAAUAAUCCAAAGGAAAGAAAAGAAAGAUAACUUUGAACUUGACUGCACAGUACCAUCUGUUAAAUCAUCUUCCUCUUCAAGAAUUAAUAAAGCAUCUUUUGAACAUGGGAAAAAAUGGGAAAAUGAUUUGGACCUUUUGAGCGACUUUAUUGUGUUACGAAAUAAAUAUAAAACUUACACCUUAAAGCCUGAAGUCGCAUACCAAGAUAAAAAAGAUGAAUUUCAAAUUAAAGAAGAAUGUUCUUUGACUCUUCAAAAAGAAAGUCCUAGUGUUUCUACUAACAAAACUCCAGAGAAAAUAAAUCAAGAAAGGGGAGCAGAUAAUGUCAUUGAAAUUCAAGCAUCAGAUACCCAGUGCCAAGCCUAUUGUUUCCUAGAAGCAGCAGCUACUCCUAUCUUAAAAAAACUUGUGUCCCUCUGUACUCUACCUGCUGCUAAUUGGAAAUUUGCCACUGUUCUUUUUGACCAAACAAGGUUCUUCUUAAAGGAACAAGAAAAAGUAAUGAAUGAUGCUGCUCACCAAGGUACAAGUGAUGGAGGGGAAAUUAUGUACAAGCAUGCUGCUAUCUUACACCUUCUGGUAACAAUUAGAGAUGUCCUUUUAACAUGCAGCUUGGACACAGCUUUGGGGUAUUUGUCCAAUGCAAAAGAUAUCUACAAAUGCAUUUUAGGCUCCUAUUUGGAUGAUAUUUGGAGACAGUUGAAGAUUGUACAGUUUAUUCGAGGGAAAAAGCCUGAAACCAACCAUAGGCUACAAAAACUGCGAUGUCAGAUACUAAGUUGGAUGCACAGUCAACAGCAAAUUAAGGUGCUGAUUAUAAUAAGAAUGGACUCAGAUGGUGAAAAAUACUUGCUUAUUAAAAUCCUUAACAAAAUAGAAGGUUUAACAUUGACUGUUUUUCAUUCAAAUGCAAGAAAAGAUUUUCUGGAAUCUAAAGGUGUUUUAAAUGGUACAAGUUCCUGUAUAAUUGUACAUAAUGAAAGUAUUGGAGCCAGUUUCCCCUGGAGAAGUUUCUCAUUUGUUGUGGAAUACAAUUACGCAGGACACUCUUGUUGGACUAAGCACUGCGAAAAGUUGAAUGUGCCUUUCUUGGCCUUUAAAGUAAUGCUUCCAGACACCGUUUUAAAGAGAAGCAAUGUACUGGAUAGAUUUGGUGGUUUUCUUUUGGAAAUGCAGAUUCCGUAUGUGUUUUUUGCAUCUGAAGGACUUCUUAAUACUCCAGAAAUACUUCUGCUACUAGAAUCUAAUUGUAAUAUCACACUGGUGGAGAGAUGCUACAGUGAGUCAUUGAAACUGUUUGGAAGUACAGAGCAUUAUGUAGUGGUGACGAUUGAUGAGCACACUGCUAUAAUUUUGCAGGACCUAGAAGAACUGAAUUAUGAAAAAGCAUCAGACAAUAUCAUUAUGAGAUUGAUGGCAUUAUCAUUUCAGUACAGCUAUUGUUGGAUAAUAUUUUACACCAAGGAAACAUUAAAUUCAGAGUACUAUCUUACAGAAAAGACACUUCAUCAUCUAGCACUGAUUUAUGCAGCUUUGGUUUCCUCUGGUCUUAAAUCUGAAGAACUGGAUGUAAAGCUUAUCUUUACCCCAGGAGUCAAAGAGACUGCAUUGAUAAUUCGUCAAAUUGCUGACCACAAUUUGAUGACCUCGAAGAGAGAUCCUCAUGAAUGGCUGAAUAAGUCCUGGCUUGAAGUUUCACCGUCUAAGGAAGAAAUGUACUUACUUGAUUUUCCGUGUAUUAACCCAUUGGUGGCUCAGCUCAUGUUAAGUAAAGUACCUUCACUGCAUUGGUUAUUAUCUGCAACUCUGUGUCAACUUCAGGAAGUCCUACCUGAAGUUCCAGAAAAAGUGUUAAAGCAUUUUUGUAGCAUCACUUCCUUAUUCAAGAUUAGUUCUUCCUCCAUAACAAAAUCACCUCCAACUUCAUCACCUCAGGAAGGUAGAAAUCAAACUAGUGCCUUUACUUCUCAGAGUUCAGCUUCUGGUUCUUCAGACUCUGUCAUUCAAGAACAUAGUAGAUACCACUCAUAUUCAGAAUUAGAAGAAACAGUACAGGAAGACAUAAAUGCUACUUCAAACUAUAACUCUUCUUUUAUGGAACUAAGAGAAAUGUCAUGCAUUUUACCACCUACAACAUCCUGCACUAAGACCAGCUAUUGGAAAAACUCCAGUUGUAGCCCUAACACGGUACAAAAUAAUCCUUUUCUGAUUAAUACAGACUCUAAGAAAGCUUUUGGCAAUGCCUUUCCAGACCAAAAUGAUUCAGAGUCUGAUGUCUUUUCUUUGGGUGUAACACAAAUAAAUUGUGACAAAAGAAUAUUACCCGAUGACACUCAGAGGAGAAUUAUCCCUAAUUUUAUAAAUUACCACGAAAAGGGACUCCCUCAAGCAAAAAGAACCACAAAUAAAGAAGUGUCUGCCCCUAUUUUUUCACUGGAAGGGUCUCAGUCUCCUCUUCAUGGAAACUUUAAGAAAAAUGUAUGUGGAAGACAGAACCACUCAUUUGACUUAAAAUAUGGAGCAGAGACUACCUAUGACAAAUGGUUCUCUCAAAAAGAUAAUGUACUUACUAAUCAGCAAAAACGUCUAUCUGAUGAAUUAGAAAGCUUCACGUGUGAAAGUUCAAGUGCUAUGACUGAAAAGACUUUCCGGAGAAAAUUGCCAUCUGUUCCCAGUUUGGAUUUAUUCUGUACUUCUAAUUCUGAUGUAAAUGAAGAAUUCAACAGUCUUUACUUGUACCAAAGAGCUGGAAAACAUUUAGGUCAGAAAAGGCACUCUGAAUCUUCGUCUAACUCAGGAGACAAGGAAUCAUUGACAGGUUUAACAUACUCACAAUUACCACUACUCAAAAAACGACGUCUAAUGUAUGAAAAAGUCCCUGGACGAGGUGAUGGACAAACUCGGCUAAGGUUUUUUUGAAAGGGGGAAGAACAGUGUUACAUGCCAUAUUCUACUGCUUUUCAUAAUAAUCCAGUAGCAAAAUUAUCUAGAUUUGCUUAUAUAUUAAAGAAAAUACCAUUAUUUUUAGAUGUUCUCA